AUGGCGGCUUCUGAUAAUUGUAGAUGGCAAUUACGCCGUCUUGGGCCUUCAGCAUCGUGUGCUAAUGUCUGUGAUCUUAUGAGGUUAAAGAAUGGAAACACUAGAUUUGGAAGAAGUUUAGAUAAUGAUUUUUAUCUGGAUUCUAAAACUCACAAGAACUUUAUAUCUCGGCACCAUGCGGAGAUUCGAUACGUGAAAGUGAACGGAAAACCUCAGUUUGUUUUGUAUGAUCAUGGAUUAAAUGGAACCUUUAUUAACGAUGUUCGGAUGGAGAAAUCGUGUGUUUUAAAAGAAGGAGAUAAAAUAACGUUUGGUCAUACAAAUGGUUUUAAAAUAGACCCAGGACAGUAUUCAAAACAACCCAAUUCAGAAUUUCAGUUCACGUUUGAAAGACUAGAGGAGGAUUCAGAUGAAUCUGAUUCGAGUUCCGACGAUUCUGGACCAGAAUCAGAUACAACACAACCAACUAACGAACAUUUCUGUAGCCGGAAUUUAUACAACUCCCCGGAAUACGACCGUAGUCAGUGUUGGCAACAAGGACAACAAGUGAACAAAAAUAACCUUCGGAAAAGUGAAAGCGAGCUCGAUAACAAAGAUUUUACCAAAAGUGAGAAAGUGAAUCCUCGUUCCCCGAGAGGAAAAAAGGGGCUGGAAAUAUGUGCUAAUAAAGACAAGUUAUUCAAAGGUGAUCAAAGACAGAACGGAACGAAUAAUGUGAAAAAUGAACAUUUAGAUCCACCAGUUCUUAAGAAACAAGCGACUUUAGGUUAUUCUGAUAGCGGGAAUGACUCGUCGAGUGGUGAUUCGAGUGACUCCGAGUCAACAGCCCCUAGUGAAAAAAGUGAGGAGAAUUCUUCGUCGGAGUCAGAACAUGAAUUAACGAUAGACAUCAGUGUAAAGACAAAGGCCUCCCCCCGUCAAAAACGUACUGCCAGUGCUACUAGCAAGACGCGGAAUGCUCAAACUUCGCAGAAAAAAACUAAUGCUAAAAGAUCACCUGUGAAAGCGAAAACUAAAACGAAAGUAGCUCGAGGGAGACCAUCACAAAAAACUACUAGUAAAAGUAAAAUAGCGAAAGACAAUUCUAACAAUCACAAUACUAUCAGUCCAUCAAGACGGCUUCUUUUUAACAAAAAAUCUACUGCCAAUGGUAAAAAUAAUUCACUUAAACCUGAUAAUUUAGGAGAUCCUUAUGACUUUAACAGUGAGGAAGAGAUUGAAGCUUCACAAAAUAAAAAUAAAAAGACGACUGGAAAACAGACAAAGACAGCUGGAAAUACCAAACGGAAAAAACCUCAAGGUAAUAAUAAGAAUAAAAAAGCUAAAACAAGUACGACAGAUGAAAGUGAAGAAUAUGGAGAAGAGAUAUGGUAUUAUGAAGGUGAAACUUGUGCUUCAGAAAGUUGUUUAAAACCUUCAGAUAGCACAGUAGAAUGGGUACAAUGUGAUGAUUGUGACCAGUGGUACCAUACAAUGUGUGUAGGAGCUAUUUAUGCAGCAGUUAAAGACACCCAGAUGGAGUUUCAUUGUGGGUGUUGA